CUGAGAAGACACUUCUAAGAGGUACAGCUAAAAGGUGGAGGACUGAUAGACAACUUAGAAGUUGGUUUCGGGAACGAUAAAACAAGCAAUGGGCUGCCCGGCCUGCGCCGCGGAGUCCCGAGGAGCCUGCGCUGUGCUCCUCUCGCGGUGUCUCGUCAUCUCCGGGAAGACUCGGCGCCUGGGUCCGCGCUCUCUGGGGAAGCUUUCCGGGAAGCUUUCCCGGGAGCUCGCUGGUCCUGGCCUCAGAAGACUGCGGACCCGCCCAGGGAGGAUAAGCAGCUGAAAGACCGCGCGGUGCCGCUCCGAGGCCCCGGGACGUGGGCCCAUGGUCGGCCUGGCGCCACCUUUCCGGGGGAAGCCACGCGCACCCGGCAUCGCACGCGGCUCUGCACCCGCGCCGCCGGACCUGAAACCCGGCGGAGGGCACACGGGGCUGCCGCUGCGGGCCCCGGACCAACCCAUGCUUACUCCGGAGCCUGUACCGGCGCCGACGGGUCGGACCUCCCUGCGCGGUGUCGCCCAGCGGGUUCGUGCGAAAGGCGGGGCCGACUACACGCGGUGCCGCGCCCUGAGACCGUUUAUCUGCAGUCAACGCAGCCUCCCGGCUCAGCCUGGGAAGAUGCGCGAAUCGGGAACCCCAGAGGGCGGUGGCUAGACCGGGCUCCGCCGCCUCCCCCACAGCCCCUUUCCUAAUCGUUCAGACGGAGCCUGGUCGACUUCGCCGGAGACUGCCAGAUCUCGUUCCUCUUCCCUGUGUCAUCUUCUUAAUUAUAAAUAAUGGAGGAUGAAGAUAAAAGAAUUACAUAUGAAGAUUCAGAACCAUCCACAGGAAUGAAUUACACACCCUCCAUGCAUCAAGAAACACAGGAGGAGACAGUUAUGAAGCUCAAAGGUAUAGAUGCAAAUGAACCAACAGAAGGAAGUAUUCUUUUGAAAAGCAGUGAAAAAAAGCUACAAGAAACACCAACUGAAGCAAAUCACGUACAAAGACUGAGACAAAUGCUGGCUUGCCCUCCACAUGGUUUACUGGACAGGGUCAUAACAAAUGUUACCAUCAUUGUUCUUCUGUGGGCUGUAGUUUGGUCAAUUACUGGCAGUGAAUGUCUUCCUGGAGGAAACCUAUUUGGAAUUAUAAUCCUAUUCUAUUGUGCCAUCAUUGGAGGUAAACUUUUGGGGCUUAUUAAGUUACCUACAUUGCCUCCACUGCCUUCUCUUCUUGGCAUGCUGCUUGCAGGGUUUCUCAUCAGAAAUAUCCCAGUCAUCAACGAUAAUGUGCAGAUCAAGCACAAGUGGUCUUCCUCUUUGAGAAGCAUAGCCCUGUCUAUCAUUCUGGUUCGUGCUGGCCUUGGUCUGGAUUCAAAGGCCCUGAAGAAGUUAAAGGGUGUUUGUGUAAGACUGUCCAUGGGUCCCUGUAUUGUGGAGGCGUGCACAUCUGCUCUUCUUGCCCAUUACCUGCUGGGUUUACCAUGGCAAUGGGGAUUUAUACUGGGUUUUGUUUUAGGUGCUGUAUCUCCAGCUGUUGUGGUGCCCUCAAUGCUCCUUUUGCAGGGAGGAGGCUAUGGUGUUGAGAAGGGUGUCCCAACCUUGCUCAUGGCAGCUGGCAGCUUCGAUGACAUUCUGGCCAUCACUGGCUUCAACACAUGCUUGGGCAUAGCCUUUUCCACAGGCUCUACUGUCUUUAAUGUCCUCAGAGGAGUUUUGGAGGUGGUAAUUGGUGUGGCAACUGGAUCUGUUCUUGGAUUUUUCAUUCAGUACUUUCCAAGCCGUGACCAGGACAAACUUGUGUGUAAGAGAACAUUCCUUGUGUUGGGGUUGUCUGUACUAGCUGUGUUCAGCAGUGUGCAUUUUGGUUUCCCUGGAUCAGGAGGACUGUGCACGUUGGUCAUGGCUUUCCUUGCAGGCAUGGGAUGGACCAGCGAAAAGGCAGAGGUUGAAAAGAUAAUUGCAGUUGCCUGGGACAUUUUUCAGCCCCUUCUUUUUGGACUAAUUGGAGCAGAGGUAUCUAUUGCAUCUCUCAGACCAGAAACUGUAGGCCUUUGUGUUGCCACCGUAGGCAUUGCAGUAUUGAUACGAAUUUUGACUACAUUUCUGAUGGUGUGUUUUGCUGGUUUUAACUUAAAAGAAAAGAUAUUUAUUUCUUUUGCAUGGCUUCCAAAGGCCACAGUUCAGGCUGCAAUAGGAUCUGUGGCUUUGGACACAGCAAGGUCACAUGGAGAGAAACAAUUAGAAGACUAUGGAAUGGAUGUGUUGACAGUGGCAUUUUUGUCCAUCCUCAUCACAGCCCCAAUUGGAAGUCUGCUUAUUGGUUUACUGGGCCCCAGGCUUCUGCAGAAAGUUGAACAUCAAAAUAAAGAUGAAGAAGUUCAAGGAGAGACUUCUGUGCAAGUUUAGAGGUGAAAAGAGAGAGUGCUGAACAUAAUGUUUAGAAAGCUGCUACUUUUUUCAAGAUGCAUAUUGAAAUAUGUAAUGUUUAAGCUUAAAAUGUAAUAGAACCAAAAGUGUAGCUGUUUCUUUAAACAGCAUUUUUAGCCCUUGCUCUUUCCAUGUGGGUGGUAAUGAUCUAUAUCACCAACCUUAAUCUCUCUGCCUUUUUUUUCAAACACCCCUUCAUCAUCCAUCUUAAUUUGCAUAAGGACAUAUCUACUUUAAUGUACUACCACAGUUUACAAUUAACGUGGGAAAGACCAGCUUCAGUAUCCUCUUCAGCUAGGAUUGCUCUAACUUUUAACUUUCACAGUUUCCUGAUUCAUAUUUGCCCAGGCUCUGAUGCCUUGAAUUGGUUUUGGCUCCUCUUUUUUGGUUCUGUUUUUGUUGUUAAACAUCAUAAUGCAGUCUCUCAUUAAUUUUUACCGUCAUUUACCCUGAUAAUCUGCCUCUUCUCCAUUUCUCCUUCCCUUACUACCUUUCUUUGAAUUACUGUAACUGAUUGGUUCCACCAAAAUUUUAAAGUACAUGAAGUAUCUUCAUUGGUUCAUCCUCUUGCCCCCUCCAGAUGUCAAAAAACUUUAUCCUGCCCCCUAGCUGACCACCCAGGUUCCUUUAUUUCAGUGGCCCAUGUGAGUCUACCUUCCCCUAAGGAGUGCCCUAAUCCAGCCCUUUUUUUGUUUCUUAUGACCCAUAUCUUUAGGCUCUUCCCAUUUCUAGGUGGGAGAUAGGUAAGUUUCAAAUCUAUGCCAGUCUUAUGAAUAUUACAUUAGGGUAAUGUGCUAUAAUGAAGAAAUAAAAAAUACAGUGCUUAAAAGAAAAUAAAAUUCUAUUUCUGUCUAAUGAAA